ACAACAUUCCCUGCCACCAUAUUCCUCUUACAUCCCCAUUCUUUCCCCGACACCCAAUGCUCCUCGAUUGUUAACUCUCUCUCUUACUCUCUCUGCUCUUGCGGCAAUCCGUCACCAUGUCUGGCUCUUCGCCAGCACCGUCCCCGUCGCCGUCCUCGGCCAUUGGCAGGCGGUCCAGUCCCACUGCCGCUCUCGCCUUCCUGGUGCACUCUCCCAACACCGUCGCCAAUUCGCUGCCUCCAGACGUCGACAACAAGGCGCUUGCCCGCCAAAAGCGCAGACGCACGAGCAAAGAGGACGAGGAGAUUCUGAAGGCAGAAUACCAGAAAAACCCCAAGCCGGACAAGGCGGCUCGCAUGGAAAUCGUGACCAAGGUCGCGCUGGGAGAAAAAGAGGUGCAGAUCUGGUUUCAGAAUAAACGACAGAACGACCGCCGCCGCUCUCGACCGCUCGAACCAUCCUCCACGCCGUCGCUGAUGUCGUCGUCAUCCACCAUGUCCGACCCUCCCAGCGAAGAGGAGAUAAGCGUGCGCGAGAACGAGGAGAGGGAGGAGCAGGACAAAGAGGACACCCUGGAGGACGACGCCCCAGAGUCACCCGGACCCACGAAGACGGAUUCGCAAACCACAGCAGACUCCAUUACGGUAGCCUCCACAGACCCGCGCACCGCAGAUACUGCGCCGACCGAAAUCAGCAGCUCCCAGCAGACGCUCCCGUCAUCGCAAGGCGCUGCGCAGCCGCGCACGUCCUGGAUCUCGAAUCGCCGCAGCGCGUCCUUUGUGCGCAACAGCGAGGACUAUGCGCAUGAGACCAUCACCUUUCCGAACCCUGUCCAGCCCUCCAAGGAGUCCUCCCCCACAACGCGGUCCCUCAAGCGCGCUCAUUCCUUCGUGCGCAUCUCCACAAACGAGGAUGGCACUGCCCGUGUGGUCACAGAUCUGGAUAAGACGCCGUCCCCGCCCCACGCAAAGACGAACACGACUAAUUUCUCCCGCGCUGCUGCUGGUCUACGAAGAAGCUACAGCACUGCUGGCUUGAACGACCGCCUAGCCGCAGCGGCGAGGGACGAUCGGAGUCCAAAACUUCCGAGAACAUCAUCAAACAUAGGCCGCAGUCGGGACUCGCGCGCCUGGGAGUUCUGGUGCGAUCCUGAUAGCCGCUACAACACCAGCUUGACGACUCGAGCAGAGCAGGAGGGCAGCGGCAGCGCAGCAGACGCCAUCGGACUUCUACGCGCGAAUCGGAGGAUCUUGGCCCAGAACCAAGCUCGUCAGAAUGCACCCUUGUCUCGCCCCGAGUCGUCCAAGAUGUCAAGCGAACACAAGGUUAAGAAGUCCCGUGGUCCCAUGCAGAAGGCCUCGACCUUUUCCGGCCAUAUGCCCCCGAAGGAGAACAAGAAGGGCUCGAUCGGCAGCGAUACAGAAGAGCUCCCACAGACUGAGUCAGACAAGGAGAACUGGGAGCCUGAUGUCCCGCCAUCGCGGCGCCCGCGUCAUCCCGCUCCUCCCGUAGGCUCUCGGCGUCCUCGCCAGAUUCUGGGUGAGAAUACGGAGAUAAUGUCACAGAGCUCUAGUCUGGGAGCCAUGCUUGCAAGGGAGCAACGCGAUAGCCCGAGAAAGGCUGGCAGGAAGUCCUCGGACCCUGAGCAAGACGAGGAGUUGAGACUGUUCAUGAAUGGUGAUGGAGUGAGCGGAAGGACGACCGUGAGCUCGGCAGAAGAGGCGGGCUGUGUGGAGGGCUUGCUCAAGUUGAGCCAGGGUCAGUGGAAGUGAAGGUCAUAACAGCGAAAAGGCGGGCAACUUUGUGGAGUCAUGAGGGCUGGAUGAUGGCCUGCUGUUGCUGUCAUUGUUUCUUCCUCGGAAAUUUUCCCUUCUCAGCAUUGCAUUGAGGACGGCGCGAGGCUGGUGUUAUUGCUCGAUACGCUUCGGGGUUGAUGGAGCUAUGUCAUGAGGCGGACUUGUGGCUUUUACAGGUGUUAAAUGGAAGACGGUCAGUGGUUUUACAUCCAAUUCACGAAGUCAAGUUUACUUAUUCUUUAAUGUCGUUUUAGUCGCUACUC